CCUAUUUGGCACGUUGAGCCCAGAGGGAAAACUGCUGUGAUCUCGAUGCGACUCCUGCAGCUCUCCAACCCCAAACUGAUCCAUCCAGACUUCCAGAGUAACAGAGAGAGUGUUGAAUCCACGGUGUCUUUUGCUUCUAAGACGGCUCAGAUCUCUCAGAGACUCACUCGGCUCUCACUGCCCCGACUGAAGGAGAGCAGCACCUGCUGCAAGCUCGGACGCCCCGAGGAAUCAAUCUGGACUGUUUCGAGGGCGGCACAGAAAGCCUUAGUGAGCGCUCGUGUUGAGAUGCUGUCGACACCAAAACAGCUUUCCAAAGACUACAUCCCUCCACGAGAACCAGAGUGGAGCAGAGAAAAUGUCCGGUCUACCUGAGCUUCAAAUCUCAGCAUAUCAACCAAGUCA